AUAGUAAUGGAUUGAUAGUGAAAAGCCAACCUACGGGCGGUAUAAACUAGAGACCCCUCCCCCAUAAACAGAAAGGAGGAAAUUUUGAGCAGGAAAAUUAAUUAGUUAAGAAGAAUAUGGAAAGAGAUCAAAGGAUCUGUAAGCUGGAUGCGUUUGCAGUUGUACUGGUGGCGUCUCUAGGUGUGAAUAUAUGGUUGGUGAGUAAGGUUUUUAUGGAUUCUACUAGGAUGAUGACGAUGAGUUGGAGCAGAAGAGCAGCAAUGGAAGCUGAGGCUGUGGGAGCCAUAUCAUGUUCAGGCCAUGGAAGAGCAUACUUGGAUGGUGAUGAUAAUGAUGGGAAAUCAGAACCUGUUUGCGAGUGUCACUUAUGCUUUCAAGGCACUGAUUGUUCUGUUCUUAUUCCCAAUUGUAAAGCUAACGCUGAUGGUGGGGAUCCAUUAUUCUUAGAGCCAUUCUGGGUGAAGCAUGCGACAAGCAGUGCAAUAGUAGUGGCAGGAUGGCACAGAAUGAGCUACACAUACAAUGAUAAUAGUUUCAUAUCAAAAGAGCUUGAAAAGCUGAUACGCAAGGUUCAUGCACAUGUGGGAAAUGCCAUCACAGAAAACAGGUAUAUAGUGUUUGGUGCAGGCUCAACCCAACUGCUGGCUGCUGCUGUUCAUGCCUUGUCUCCCACCAAUUCCUCCGCCCCACCCGCUGCUGUUCUUGCUUCUGUUCCUUACUACGGGCUGUAUGAGGCACAAGCGAAGUUGUUUAAGUCGACGGAGUUCAAGUUUGAAGGAGACGCAAGGUUGUGGAAGAACAAUUCAUAUGCCAAUAGACAAGUGAUUGAGUUUGUGACUUCCCCCAACAAUCCAGAUGGGCUGCCAAAUAAGGCAGUUGUGAAUGGACCAAAUGCAAAAUCAAUUCAUGAUCACGCCUAUUACUGGCCACAUUUUACACCAAUUCCAGCUCCGGCCGAUGAAAAUCUCAUGAUUUUUACAAUAUCUAAGCUUACGGGUCAUGCUGGAACCCGAUUCGGAUGGGCAGUGAUAAAGGAGAAGUCAGUAUAUGAAAGAAUGACAAUAUUUAUGCAAUUGAACAGCAUGGGGGUUUCAAGGGAUACCCAACUCAGAGCUCUCAAGCUUCUUAAAGUUGUAGUUGGAGCAAAAGGAGAAAGAGACAUAUUCAAUUUCGGCUACAACACCAUGAAAAGCAGGUGGGAGAAGCUCAAAAUCACUUUCUCAACGUCCAACCGAUUUACUCUUCAAAAAAUUCUUCCUCAGUACUGCACUUUUUUGCGCACAAUUAGAGAAUCUUCACCCGCUUAUGCAUGGUUGAGGUGCGAGAGGAAAGAAGAUAAAGAUUGCAGUGCAGUCCUCAAUGCAGCAAAUAUAAUUGGCCGUGAAGGAAGCAUAUUUCGUGCUGAAGAUCGAUACGUACGCCUCAGCCUUGUAAGAAACCAAGAUGAUUUUGAUCUACUCAUACACCGACUAAAUAAACUUGUUACCAAAGAAGAUGGCACCAAAACUAUGUGAAGAAUGGAAUCAUCAUCUUCUCAAUCGAU